AUGUAGCCUAUAUAAGCGACUACUACACGCCGUUUUAAACCACAGUUGGAUUUUGUACUCAGUGCCGGUCUGUAGUCUGUUCCACCAUGUGCAAGGUUCCCAAUUCUAUCAAAGUGCUUCUAUUGUUUGGACUUAUACUGGGCCAACACAUGGCUGAAGGAGCAUUGAAAAAGUUUAAAGGAAAAAGAAGAGGUGGACCACCCAAACACGGACUGCAGUUAGGUGGUAAAAAAUACAAGAGUGGAACUCACAACAGCGGUACCAGAGAAUACGACUCUCCUUCGCAAGUGCUUGCCCCUCAACCGCUGACAGCUUAUUCGUCAUCUAAAUUACACUUGGCUUCGGUUCCCAUCAUGCCACUUCCUUCUCCGCAUUACUCCAGAACCGGCUAUGAAGUGUGGAAUGCUGGAACUGCAGGAAGUGAACAUGGGAGAGCAAUAUGGCAUGGGAACAAUCCGCGUGUCUAUGGUCACGGAACACACGCUUACGGCCCACCGCAAGUGCACCUUUCGCCAGAAGAUCUUAUCAUCCGCCCGGAAGAAACUAGUGCCUGGACAAGAGAUGGUCCAGCAAUUAAUCGAAUUAUUGACGGCCCCCCUACGGGAAGACCCAUACAAACCGUAUAUGGUCUUGAAUCGGAUUCAAUUUCACCAGGAGGAAAUAACAAAGUUGGUAAGCUGUUGGCUCUAGCAAUCGCCUAUUCUUACGGCGUCCCUACACUUCCCAAAAUCAAGAGUCUAUUGGAACAGGACAUGUAAAAAAAAAGAAAUAAUUAAUAACACGCAGAGUGUGGGAAGCGACCCAUGCACCAGUGUACAUUUUCCAUUAACUCCCACCACAUAUGAUUUACAAUAUUUCACACUUGGAUGAAAUAAGUGCGAAAUGUAACAGUCUCUUUCUCGAUCCGCCUUAAAUUAUUAUUCCUCCCCACAUCCACACUUGUAUUUUGUUGAUUCAGUUUGCUACUAUUUCCGUCCGCGCUCGCACACGAAAGAAUUUCAAUUAAAUUCUCAGUUCACUAUCCCACAAACGUUAUGUUUAUGUAUCACUACCAGCAGCAUGACGAGUAGACUAUUUAAUAACGGUCUUGAUUCUACAUUAUACUAUACAAAUCCAGCAAUGUUCCGUUAGAAUUGCCCUUUGGACGGUCUAUUAUGAAGUUACUUUUGAUUGUUAUGUAUUCGUGAUUCUCACUAGCCCUGUUAUUGUUUGAGAAAACUUGUUUUUAAUAAAUAUGAUAGUUUACCACGUUA